UUUACCUUUUCAUUUAUAGUUAUGAUUAAUAAAUGUUUUCUUAAUGCAAGUGAAUUUUAACCCUCAUGUGACUUCGAUAUAAAAGUUGAGAGUAUACUGGCAGGUUAUAAACUCAAAAAUGAAGCAAGAAAAGACAGGAGAUACUAUCCGGCCAUAUAAAUUAGCUCAUCAAAUUGUAAGCUUGACUGGCAUUAGCUUUGAAAGAAAAAGCAUUAUAGGAUUUGUUGAGCUUACUGUUGUUCCACUGCGUGAUAACCUCAGAGUUAUAAAACUUAAUGCCAAACAAUGCCGUAUCUAUCGAGUAAUUCUGAACGAGCAAUAUGAAGCCCAUUUUCAGUAUUUUGAUCCAUUUCUCGACGUAUGUCAAUCUGACACUGUAACAAGAAGUUUGGACGUUUUUUCCCAGCACCAUUUAACAGCUGCUCAAAAAGUGGAUCCUGACCAUGCUGCUGGUGAAUUAGUACUUACAAUUCCACCUGAAGCCUCACAUUUGGUAGCUGAAGGUACUGCUUUAAGAGUUGGCAUUGAAUUUUCUCUGGAACAACCUCAAGGUGGAAUACAUUUUGUGGUACCCAGCAAAGAAGGAACUUAUGCAGAGAGAGGAGUUCAUAUGUUUACUUAUGGUCAUCAAAAUUCCUCACGGUUAUGGUUUCCUUGUGUUGACAGUUUUGCAGAGCCAUGUACUUGGAAGCUAGAGUUCACAGUUGAUGAUGAAAUGGUAGCUGUCUCUAAUGGUGAUCUUGUCGAAGUCGUAUACACUCCCGAUAUGAGACGAAAGACAUAUCACUAUUCUUUAAAUAUACCAACUUGUGCACCAAAUAUUUCAUUAGCUGUAGGGCCUUUUGAGAUUUAUGUUGAUCCUUACAUGCAUGAAGUGACCCAUUUUUGCUUGCCUGGACUCUUGCCUCUAUUGAAAGUUACAACCAGGUAUAUGCAUGAAGCUUUUGAAUUUUAUGAGGAGACUCUGUCAAAUAGAUACCCCUACUCUUGUUAUAAACAAGUAUUUGUUGAUGAAACUUAUGAAGAUUAUCAGUCUUACUCUACCAUGAGUAUUUUGAGUGUUAAUUUGCUGCAUUCAGCUGUCAUUAUUGAUCAAGUUUACAUUACUCGGAAAGUGAUGGCGGAGGCAAUAGCUGAGCAAUUUUUUGGGUGUUUCAUAUCAAUGCAAAAUUGGUCAGAUAUGUGGUUGAAUAAAGGGAUAAGUCAGUACUUGUGCGGACUGUAUUGCAAGAAAGGUUUUGGUAACAAUGAAUACAGGGAAAUGAUACACAGUAUGCUUCAAGACGUCGUUAAGUAUGAAGAAGAAUUUGGUGGCAUUAUUCUAGACCCUAGUCAACCUCCUGCUCCGCUUCCUGUGGGUGCAAAUACUCCCCAGUCAACUCAAAAGUCGAAUGAAGAAAAAUUUUAUUUCUCUAUCAGAAACCUUCACACUAUGUCACCAAUGUACAUUGAAGCCCUACACAAGAAAGCCAUGCUGGUUAUGAGGAUGUUGGAACACAGAAUUGGUCAAGAGUUACUGCUACAAGUGUUUAAUAAGCAGCUCUCUUUGGCCACUAACGCAGCCCAACAGAAAAUCGGUAGCGGACUCUGGGGUCAUAUGCUUAUUAGUACCAAUGUUUUCACAAAAGCUAUUUUUACUGUGACCGGCAAAGAUAUGGCCGUCUUCAUUGAUCAGUGGGUCCGCACGGGAGGUCACGCCAAGUUCCACCUAACAUCGGUCUUCAAUAGGAAAAGAAACACCAUUGAGUUGGAAAUUAGACAAGACGCCACCACUCAGCUGGGAAUAAGAAAAUAUGUAGGGCCAUUGCUGGUAACCCUCCAAGAACUGGACGGCACUUUUAAACAUAACUUGCAAAUUGAAAAUACAGUGGUCAAAGCCGAUAUCACUUGUCACUCCAAAAGUCGAAGGAACAAGAAGAAAAAGAUUCCACUAUGCACCGGCGAAGAAGUUGAUAUGGAUUUGAGCGCCAUGGACGAUUCGCCGGUGUUAUGGAUCAGGUUAGACCCUGAAAUGACUCUCCUCAGAUCGGUAGUAAUAGAACAACCCGAUUACCAGUGGCAGUACCAGUUGAGGCACGAAAGAGACGUUACGGCCCAGUUGGAAGCCAUCGUGGCCUUAGAACGAUAUCCGACCCCGCCCACUCGACUAGCGCUCACUGAUACCAUCGAAAAUGAACAGACUUUUUACAAAGUGAGAUGUCGUGCAGCACAUUGCCUGACCAGGGUCGCCAACGCGAUGGUCGCGAAUUGGGCAGGUCCACCAGCGAUGUUGGCAAUUUUCCGGAAGUUGUUCGGUUCAUUUGCCGCACCCCAUAUCAUCAGGCAGAACAAUUUUCAAAACUUUCAACAUUAUUUUCUGCAAAAGACGAUUCCCUUGGCAAUGGCGGGUUUACGGAAUGCCCACGGGAUCUGUCCUCCAGAGGUGAUUCGGUUUUUGCUGGAUUUGUUCAAAUAUAACGACAACUCAAAGAAUAGGCAUUCGGACAAUUACUAUCGUGCUUCUCUAGUCGAAGCCUUAGGCAACACGGUGACUCCUGUUGUGUCGGUAGUCGCCCAAGGUGCUCCGAUUACACCGGAAAGUCUUAGUACCGACACCAAACUGAUCCUAGAGGAGAUAACGAGGUUACUGAAUUUGGAGAAGGCGUUGCCAUGUUAUAAGUACACCGUGUCAGUAGCGUGCUUGAAAGCCAUACGGAAGUUGCAAAAAUUCGGACAUUUACCUAGCAGAUCAACUUUGUUCAAAAGUUACGCUCAGUAUGGAAACUUUAUAGAUGUUAGACUUGCCGCACUAGAAUGCCUGGUAGAUUUUGUUAAAGCCGAUGGUAAAUACGAUGAUUUGCAGCACAUUAUGGAUAUACUGGAGAAUGACGCCGAUUCCGGUCUAACCCAUCAGCUGGCUCAAGUAUUGAUCAAGAACGCACCCUUUAAAAGGGCACAUAGGUCCAGGCUAGAUGUACCCGACUUAGUGGAAAGAAUAUGGACCAACAUAAAUGGUAUGUUGUCUCACGAUACGAGGCUGCGCUGCGACAUGGUCGAUCUGUAUUACGCCCUCUAUGGGACGAAACGUCCGUUGUGUUUACCGUUGCCGGAACUUUCCGGCUUGGCUAAUCUGACGAAACCUUCCGACGCUAAAAAGAUUAAAAUGGCGAUCCCGAAAAUAUCGCAUGACGCGGUCGAUGUUAAACGCGAAGCUGGUCCUGUUUCGAAGGAUUCCGCGCAACCCGCACGGAUCAUAAUCGACAACAAUAUCGAUGUAUGUAGUAUGAACGUCGAGGUAGUCGCUGUCGACGACAAAGUUAAGGAAGAACACAUGGAAAUACAGGUGACAUCACCAGGUGCGACCGUCCCGAAACAGGAAUAUUUUUCCGAUAAUUCAGUUUCUUUGCCUGGAAUGGGUCAGAGUGGCCCAGUUGGGUUUGAACCAGGCAUGUUCAACCCUGAAACUGAAGCCAGCAGACACAAAACUGAUUCGAACGGCCAAAAGCUGAAAAAAAAGAAGAAAGACAAAAAGAAACACAAACACAAACAUAAACAUAAACACGAGCAUAAACACGGUAAAGAGAAGAAGGAAAAAGACCCAAAUAGGCCAAAAGUAAAAGAGGAGACGGCCGUCAAGGAGGAGACUCUGAGUUCGAUGAGUUCAACACCAAGCCCAAAUCCGGGGUUGGUAAUCGGUGACCAUCCGGUGGAUAUUUAAGUAUGUCGGUAGGCCAUUCUGUUUGAUUGCUAAACCUGAAGCGGUUUAGCGCCAGCUCUCAAGUUCAAGCCGAUUGAAAACUGUGAUUUGUAUUGAGUUAAAUUAAGUUAUUUAGGUGAGCGAUGAUUAAUUGUCUAUUUAAAAGAAGCAUUAAAUUGAAAUUAUAUAAUUUCCAUUGCCUAUACUCUACAAAAUUGCUCUUACAACUUUAUUAGAUUAAGAUUAUAACAUUUAAAGUUGUCACUCUGCUAUCACAUUCAGCCCCCAAGUUAAGGCCAUAUGAGUCUCUUUGCACCUACUUGAGAGGAACAUUUGUGAACAUAUAUGACAUAUAUGACUUGGAGUUAUAGAACGCCUGUCUCGAAGAGGCGCGGUUAACGUAGGUUUAUCACCUUGCCUUUUCUGAAAUUGACGUAGACAUUUAAUUCUCGCCAUACAGGCCGUACUGUGAAUCUGAUCCCCUAGUUUGUCGGGGAUGGUGCUAUUUUCCAGGAUUCUCCUGGGAGAUAAUGGAGUUGAUUGACUGUUCUACCUUGGUUGCGUUUUUUAAAUGAACCAUCAACGCAGCUGUGCCUAUGAAGGGUAUUUCUCGGAACAACAUGUUCUUUUAUUUACACUUCCCGUAUUUUCU